CUGUUGCAUCGCUCUCUCGCCUUCGGUCUUGCUCACGGCCGCGAUAAAGCGAUAACACGAGACGAGAAAGCGAUAGCACGAGACGAGAAAGCGAUAGCACGAGACGAGAAAGCGAUAGCACGAGACGAGAAGGCGAUAACACGAGACGAGAAAGCGAUAGCACGAGACGAGGUUCACCGACACGCAUCAGCAAACAUGAGCGUAUGGACAGACUGGCUGGACUACAUCCCAGUUGUGGGGACAGUCAAGAACACGGUUGAGGCUGUAUCAGCCGUCUGCCAUGGCGACUAUGCUCUUGCAAAGGAGAAGGGAGCGGACGCAGCUCUGGGUCUUGUGCUGGAUGUUCUCACAGCUGGAACACAACAUGCCGCGGGUACUGCGUACCUUACAGUUGUUGAACAUAUUGUGUUCAGGGGCACUACAGCAAAAGAAGCCAUGAAUGCCAUUAAAGGAGCUGGCGCAAAAUCGGGGAAAGGAGCUGGCGCAAAAGCGGGGAAAGGAGCUGGCGCAAAAUCGGGGAAAGGAGCUGGCGCAAAAGCGGCUGCUGCUACUCAAGUUCCGAUCCAAGAAAUGACCAAGAAAUCCAAAAGACCAUCAGACCCAAAGACCAGCAAGGGUGAAAAGAAAAGGCCAUCUGAACGUGGAGAACACGUCAUCAAUAACAACGUUCUAAAGGUUUUUAAGACAAUCAUAGACCGAUUUGCUACUCGGAUUGGAAGCACAGCAGCUGAACUGCUUGGAAAUAAAGAACACACAGCCACUUAUCAAGCAUAUUACAGGCCCCUACCACAAGACAUCACCCAGUCAAUCGGGUACCAGAUGGUUGCACACAUUCCGGAAGAGGACCAAUACAUUGAUGCCAAUGCAACUGCCUAUGGAGCAGCAAUCAAGGAGAUUUCUGACAUGGUGGUCACUUAUAUGUACGACUAUUACAGCAACAACUUCUACAGUGGUCCUGCCGUCGAUAGGAGCAUCAUCGAUCUGAUUCGUUUACUGAACAACAGCCAGUUGUAUGUGGACGAGUACGCCAAACAGUACUGGCUUCGGCAUGGCGGGGACGAGGCCAAGUUUGAGGACAGCAGACAACAAGUAGUGAAGAUGUUCAGACGUCUGUGUGCACCUACAAGCGGGGAAAACGAGGCAAAGCAGUGGGUGCGCGAUCUAACUGGCCAUAUGUAACUGUGCUGACAUUGAUGGUGUGGCAAGAAGGGACACAGUAAGCUUCUUCUUCUCACCUCAGAUGCCACGAGAAACUACUGAUACCUGAGAAAGCUCAAUCAAGUAUACUGGCCUUUAAUUGUCAAGUCAAGAGGAGGGAACCUUUAACUUUAUACGGAACAUGGAAAACUAUGCUGUGAUGCCAUGUGAAGUAAAGAUGGUAACAUCGUUACAUAUACUGAACGUUGAUGCCUAGCUAAAACGUAGGGACAUGAUACUUUAACACAUAACUAUACUAAUGUUGGAUGUCAAGACAAGAUAUUGUGACACUUAACAGUACUGACAUUGGAUGUCAAAAGAAGAUAUUGUAGCACCCUUAACUACAUUGACAUUGGAUGGCAAGACAAGAUAUUGUGACACUUAACAGUACUGACAUUGGAUGUCAAAAGAAGAUAUUGUAGCACCCUUAACUACAUUGACAUUGGAUGGCAAGACAAGAUAGUGUGACACUUAA